UUUAGAUUUAGUGUUGUUUGGAUAGACUUUUGUUGAGAUUUCAUUGCAGUCAUGGUAAGAUAUUUGUAAGAGUGGUUUGCAUUACUGCUGACUAUUUUGUGAUGAUGAGUAUUUUUUAUACAUAUUUAUUAUUCAUAUAACAUAAUUAUCUAACUCUUAUAGCAAGCUAGAUAUGUUUUACUUCUGUUAUAUUUAUUUUAAUGUGAAAUGGGAGCCCUGGCAGUGAGCACUAGGGAUCAGCUCUUCCCCCUGAUUGCUUUCCUAGUCUUCUAAUAAUCUAAAAGCAAUUUGAGGUGUCUUGGGAUGCCUGUUGGCAGAAUGUUGUGGAAGUGAUUUGUACCUUAACUCUCAGUUCCCUCCAUGCUUGUUGUGACUUAAAUGAAUAUUAAAGGGUCAGUAAUACACAUGUAUAUUCCUGACCCUAUAGUGGUUAAAAAUGCUACUUGGGUUGCUGACUUCACCUCCUCCCUUUUCUCCCCUUAAGUAGGGUAAAAACUCACCUUUUUAUUCCAGCGCUGGCCUUACACCCCUUCGCUGUCUUUUAUUGACAGUCAAUCAGACUUGACUCUCAGUCAAUCCAAUGCUUUCCCAUAGGAAAGUACUGAGAGGCUAAUGCUCAUGCAUGGCAACAUGUCACGGGGCACCAAUCACCAUCUCCUGAUUCAAUGCAUCUCUAUGGGAAAAUUUUGUUGAGAUGGCACUGGUGUCAGUGGAGUUAUGGCACAAUUUGACCUCCUAACCCCUCCCAUUUUACAAAGUAGAAAUAGAAAUUGUCUUUUAUCAAUGAACCUCCUUUACACUUCCCCUUUGCUGCAAAUUCAACAGGUCCUGUGACUUCCUGAUUUUGUUGGCUCAGUGGAGCUAGCCUUAAAGGACCACUAUAGUGCCCUGAGGGUGCCCCCACCCUCAGGGACCCCCUCCUGCUGGGCUCUGGGGAGAGGAAGGGGUUAAACACUCACUUUUCUCCAGCGCCGGGCAGGGAGCUCUCCUCCUCCUCCUCCUCCUCCUCUUCCGCUGAAUGCGUGGCAGGAGCUGCGCGCGCAUUCAGCCGGUCUAAUCGGAAAGCAUUUACAAUGCUUUCCUAUGGACGCUGGCGUCUUCUCACUGUGAUUUUUUUUUUAACAGUGAGAAGCACGCAAACGCCUCUAGCGGCUGUCAAUGAGACAGCCAUUAGAGGAUUUGGAGGCUGGAUUAACCCUAUUAUAAACAUAGUUUCAGUGAAACUGCUAUGUUUAUAUAAAAAGAGGUUAACCCUAGCUGGACCAGGCACCCAGACCACUUCAUUAAGCUGAAGUGGUCUGCGUGCCUAGAAUGGUCCUUUAAGAAGCCGCAAUUACUCAUAGCGCCUGCCUGCCUCAUUGAGUUGCAUUUGUAAGUUUGAUAUAAGACUGUCACAGAGUCUGGGCUGGGUUAGGAGAGGGCCUGCAAGGACUGCAGCUCUUCACAAGCUGUUUUAGACAUGCUUCCAAAUAGUAAAUGCAUACAUAUUUUCAUUGGGUGGGGAAUGUAUCAAGUUUACAGUGGGUUGUGGAGUGUCCCUUAACCCGUUAAGGACCAAACUUCUGGAAUAAAAGGGAAUCAUGACAUGUCAUGUGUCGUUAAAAGGAUGCUAUAGUCACUGAGACCAGUGAUGUAUUUUGAGUCUUUGCUGCUCUAGCCAUGAUGGAACCUGGGCACACCGUUAUUUAAACUUGCAACAUCUAUUUACUGUUAAAGAAUAACACUCUGAUAGGCACACACAUCCACGUACACGCUCACUCACUCACACACAGACAUACAGACUCACUGACGGGCAGCCACACACACAUCAGGUUCAUAGACAGCACUCACUCAUGUAAUUGAGUGUUCUAGAUCUUUUCUUAGCUAUCUAGCAAUGUGGAUAAGAAACUCCUGGCUCUAUUGUCUUCAAACCAGUUCCUUUCUGGAGCACCAGUUCCCCUUUGUAGAUUUAAGAGUCCACCAUGUUUAGCUGGACACAUGUCAUGCUACAUAGUAGAGUAAGAAAAAAAAAAUUAUAUAGUGGCUCAGUAUGACCGCCACUACAGGUACUUCCUCUGCACUGACUAAGUCAGUCCAUGAUGUGGAAGGCCCCAUAGGAAAGCAUUGACUUAGUGCAUGAUGUGCAUUACCUCAGUCUGCAUAACAUUGUAUGAUACCAUCAUGGAGGAGACCAAUUGGGUUAGGCUCAUGGGACAUAACACCAAUGGGCACAAGGACAGACACUAUAGGAUUAUAAAUACAGGUCUGUACAGAUCUCUGUAAGCAGUCCAUGCUGUCUAGGUCCUACAGAAGGGUAUUGCAGGAAGAUGUCUCACCAUUCUAUGACAGCAGCUUGUAUCUAGUCAGGGGAGUGCUGCCCACAAGUAGUGUAGGUGGGAGCUCUGUGGAAGGGGCCUGCUGUCACCAUGAACAACACUGAAGUCAACAGGGUCAUGGAAAAAAUAUUUAAGAAUAAGAUACAUUUCAGCUGUGAGGCCUCUGACUAUUUUUGAGCAGCCUGCAUCUGUCAAAUGUGGUGGUUCAAGAGUUAAUAUCAUUCACAUAGAUGAGUUUCAUGUGCUAAAAAGAACACUUGUUUUUUUGCUUACCUGUUGGCAUAAAACUUACCAGCCCUACCCUGUUAAAUGCUUUCUGUUGCAUCCCUCUUUCUGAAAAUCACGACUCAUGAAAAUAAGAUGGCUGAAAUGUGGUGCAAACUCUGCAUGAAAAAUGGUUGUGUCCCCCCUCAUAAUUAAAGGACCACUAAAAUGGCCUAGACUAAUCUAAAUGAUGUCCUUUGCUAACCCUGCAAUGUAAAAUAUCCAACUUUGUAUACAUUGGAAGAUAGCCACUAAAUGUGUUUAACCCUGCACACAGCUAAUAGAGGUGCUUCAUGAGCAAGUAGGUGACCAAAUCCUGCUCCUAGGAAAGCAUUGAAUUAAAAAGCUAUCCUAUGAGUAGCAUUUGACUGGAUGUAUGAAACAUCUUCCCCCGAACAUACGUCAGGUCCCCAGUGCUCUCAUUUUGGGAGCAUUGGAUGCAACACCUCAUUUACAACAUUGUAAGAGGCAGUGGUAGAAGCACUGCAGGAGUCUCUGGUCUAUACAGUAGAUGUAAUCUGAACCACUUGUUUUACUUAUUUGUAUUUCACAUGGCAUAGGACAGAACAGGUUUUGGCCUCCCCCAAUAUGAUUAUUUUUAACCCAAAACUUCCAAUUCACUCUCAGACUGAUGUGUGAAUGUUGUGCAUGGGUUUUUGGCUUAAACUUGCACCUUGUUUCUUUAAGACUUGUAGUUCUUGUGUGUGUUUUUUUUUUUAAACACUGAAAUCCUUAUGUAUGUUUUAAAUGUACAGCAUACUCUAGUGAUCUUAACCCCUGUUAAUUAAACUUUCAUCAAUUUGAAGGUUUGUUUGCUUAAACAAAUCAUAAAGAUGUCCUUCAGGGAUUCUAUAAAUAUCUUAGAGUCCAGAAUUUUAAUACCAUACCUCCCAGUAAUUCUGGUAUAAUAAAUAUUCCCUUAAAUGGAUUCAGUUAUAUCUAGCUGAAUUUGUUUAAUGGUCAUAGUGGGGUUUUUUUUUUUUUUCAAACUUUAAGCCUUUCUCCACCUAGGAAGGUCUAACAAUUCAUACAGUUUCCCAACUGAAUUUAUGGAUAACUAUCUGCUUAUUUGUCAUAAAUCUGCCAUAAGAAUUGGGUGUUCUGAUUGACCCCCUAUUUCCUCAGUCCCUCACAAAAUAAAUAUUGUGCUCAUGCAAUUUGUGUAGGGGUCUUGCCCAUCUCUCCAGCCUUUAUGGACACUGUAGGCACCCAGACAGUGGCGUACCAGACCCCUUCAGUUCAUUGAAGUGGUCUGGGUGCUGUACUGCAAUGUUUACACUGCAGCUUAGUCUGCCCUCGGGUGUCCCCCAGACGGUCACUGGGGGCACUUCUAGAAUCAAAUACAACCUUUAGUCUCAUAUUGGGCAGACUAGAUGGGCCGAAUGGUUCUUAUCUGCCGUCACAUUCUGUUUCUAUGACGCUGGAUGUCCCGUAUCAGAUUUUCCCCAUAGAAAAGCAUUGAAUAAUGCUUUCCUUUGGGGAGGUCUAACGCGCAUGCACCCAGUGCUGUGCAUGCACAUUAGGUCUCCAAUGCUGGCAAGGGAGGAGUGUGGGUGGAGCCUGACCCAGUACUGUGGCUCUGAAGUCAGGUAAGUGAUGGGACUUUAACCCCCUUCAACCACAUAGGUGGGUGGGCGUGAGGGAGGCAGGCACCUUUAAGUUACUAGUGUUCAAAGUGUCUCCAAGAUACUUUUAUUUUUUUUUCACCCAACUUGAGGUAAAUGCUCACAAUCUUGCUAGAAGUUCUAAAUGCUAUAAUAGUGUCUUCUCAACUACAUGUGGCUUACUAAAGAACACCAAGAACCAUAACCACUACAUACUGCUGUAGAGGUUAUGGUGCCAGGAGAAACCCAGCAGUAAGACUAUCUUAGAACAGGUUCUACAACCUGUUUUCUGCAUGCCCUGGAGCUUGAGGUCCCUUCUAUUGGUUCCAAUGAGCAAAGCCCUGCCAAGCAGGGCUUGGCUAGUUGGCUGGCUAGGGGCAUCUGCUGAAUCUGCACAUUACAGAAGCUUCUAGAGUCAAAGGUGGUUGUGUGCUCCCAGCAAACAUCACCAAUAAUAGUUGUUUAACUACUUUCUGUGGGAGUGUCAGGAAACACUGGCAUAACACUACCAAAAGCUGUUGGUUUUAAAUGGCACUGGUUCAAUGAUAGCAGCAUAAAAAUAAAUCCUUUCUUGAACUAUCCUAUCUUUCACUGUAUUUCAGAGAGAAUGUAUAUCUGUCCACGUUGGCCAAGCCGGAGUCCAAAUGGGAAAUGCCUGCUGGGAGCUGUACUGCUUGGAACACAGACUUCAGCCUGAUGGCAUCAUUUCGACUGAAAUGGCUGAGUCACUGGUGGAUUCAUCAUUUGGCACUUUCUUCAGUGAGACUGGGUCAGGGAAACAUGUGCCUAGAGCUGUGCUAAUUGACUUGGAAGAAACUGUGAUAGGUAAUGUACUGUUAUAAGGGAACUACACUGGCUGUUAUCAUCAAGCUUGGGUAGGGGAGACUCUAGAAGAGCCUUCACCUGGCAGAGGUGAAGUCAAAGGGCCUCUGCAGCAACACCAGGGAAUAUGCUGCCCCCUCCUUGGAUGCUGGUUAGAAAUACAGGGAGGAAAAUUAAAUUAACAAAUGCCCAUAUCCUAUCCAGUAAACCAUGCAUCUUACACAUGUACACAAACACUGCUUGCAUCACUUAGACAUAAACGCACCUCAUCCACUAGAUACACACUUGCUCCUUUACAGUCACACACUGCAUAUACAAACUAUCCCUAUGCACUACAUUUCACAAGCACCCAUAACACAUCCACUCACUUUGAGCAAACUCAUGGGUGUGCCUUACAGGCAGACACCAGGGCCUUGAGCUGUGAGGGGGCCAAACAUUUCUGAUGGCAGCUCUGCUUAGUGGGGACUCUAGCCCUGCAGUGGUUGCAAUGGAGUGCAGGGACACUCUAUGCACCAGCACAACUACAUUAACUUUUUUAAAUAAAAUUGUAAAGAAAACAUUAAGAGGAAAUAGGGUGGUUUUUUUUUUGUUUUUUUUUUAACAAUGCUGGGGGGAAAAUAACCUAUACCUUGUAUUAACAGCUUAUUUGACCCGCAAUGUAUUUAAAGUUGUUAAAAAAAAUAAAAAAAUAAAGGGACAUAAUCUCAUUGAACUAGUUAUAGCAUCUGGAGUCCUUCUAUUUUCCCUCUGUUCUGUCGAGCAGCUCCACACUGAAUAAAGGUCCUUGGCUGUCCAACCCCUUCUCUAACCGUGCUAAUGCUUCAGGCUCUGCCAGUUGAGCAAUGGUUGACAGUGAUGGGCUAAAUCAUCUGAAAGCAGUCAGACUAUCAAAUAUUGGAAGUGUAGAAUGCUCUUAAAUCACAUACUAGAUUUAAAAUGCAUUAACUGAAACUAGUCUAGAUUUACCUGUUGCUGUCAGAAAUAGAGUGCCUGACUACACUGUGUAUGUUAUAUACAAUAUGUAAAUUGACCAGCACUCAAUCUAUUGACUUGGACACUUGGCGUUUACACUACCAACGUGUUAGAGAAUAUUUCCUAAUUCUGCAUUUAGUUUAGGCAAUCCCUGGACUUUAAAGGCUUUAUUUACCCUAAACUGGGGGGAGUGUUCUUAAACUUUGUGGCUCCUCAACUGGUUGGUUGCUUUAACUAAAAGCCAACUUUAUUUACUUUUUUUACUCAGAUGAGAUUCGGACAGGAACAUAUCGAUCACUGUUUCAUCCUGAACAACUAAUUACAGGGAAGGAAGAUGCAGCAAACAACUAUGCUCGUGGUCAUUACACAAUUGGCAAAGAAUUAAUAGAUUCAGUUCUUGACCGGAUUCGAAAAAUGGCAAGUAACAUGGCUUACAAGCUCUGCCCUAGAAUCAGUGUAGUUAAUAUUAGAAAAUAUACCAAUGGUGCAGAAGGGGGUUAAUAACCCACCCACUUCCCGUCGACCCCCUGCAGGGGAGACCUAAUGCACGGCAACUGCUGCCAUUUACAUUAGGGUUUCCCCGUAGGAAACAUUCAAUGCUUUCCUAUGGGGAUCCGGUCACUCUGCAAGUACUCAAGUAUAGUGUGAGUACGUCCAGCAUCAUUUAGGCAACUAGAAGUCCCUCUAGUGUCUUUCUGGUAGACAGCCACUACAGAAGUUAACCCAAGCAGGUAAUUGCAGUUUACAAAAACUGCAAUAAUUACAUGUUAAGAGUGAUGGGAGUUUGCACCCAGCUCACUUCAAUGAGCUAGUGGUCUAGGUGCCUAGUGUCCCUCUAACUUGUAUGUAGCAAGGUGGGUAUAAGACAUACUGUGUGGGUUUUUUCCCAUGUUCUGUGCUGUAAAGUAGGGUGGGUCAUGUGGUGUAGUUGGUUAUCCCCACCUCUGACAUAAACUUGAAUACUUUCCACAUGUGGCUAAAAUAAACCUUGUUAUGUCUUCACAGGCUGACCAAUGUAGUGGUCUUCAAGGAUUCUUGGUCUUCCACAGUUUUGGAGGUGGUACAGGUUCAGGAUUCACAUCACUGCUGAUGGAGCGUCUUUCUGUUGACUAUGGCAAGAAGUCCAAACUUGAGUUCUCGGUCUAUCCUGCUCCAAGGAUCUCCACUGCCGUGGUUGAACCUUAUAAUUCCAUCCUUACAACACACACAACUCUAGAACAUUCAGACUGUGCAUUUAUGGUGGAUAAUGAGGCAAUUUAUGAUAUCUGCAAUCGUAACUUGGACAUUGAACGUCCUUCUUAUACCAAUCUGAACAGACUAAUUGCACAAAUAGUUUCUUCAAUUACAGCCUCACUAAGAUUUGAUGGUGCACUGAAUGUGGAUCUAACAGAGUUCCAAACCAACCUGGUGCCAUAUCCAAGAAUCCAUUUCCCAUUAGUUACUUAUUCACCCAUUAUAUCGGCAGAGAAAGCUUACCAUGAACAGCUGUCUGUUCCAGAAAUCACCAAUGCAUGCUUUGAAUAUUCAAAUCAGAUGGUGAAAUGUGAUCCUCGUCGUGGAAAAUACAUGGCUUGCUGCCUUCUAUACAGAGGUGAUGUGGUGCCCAAAGAUGUUAAUGCAGCAAUAGCUGCAAUUAAAACCAGGAGGAGCAUCCAGUUUGUAGAUUGGUGUCCUACUGGGUUUAAAGUGGGAAUAAACUACCAGCCCCCAACUGUGGUUCCAGGGGGAGACUUGGCUAAAGUUCAGCGUGCUGUAUGUAUGCUGAGUAACACCACUGCUAUUGCAGAGGCCUGGGCCAGGUUAGAUAAUAAGUUUGACCUCAUGUACUCAAAGAGAGCCUUUGUACAUUGGUAUGUUGGAGAGGGAAUGGAGGAAGGAGAGUUCUCUGAGGCAAGAGAGGAUAUGGCUGCAUUAGAAAAGGAUUAUGAAGAGGUGGGAACAGAAUCUGUUGAAGCUGGAGAUGAAGAGGAGGAAGAAUAUUAAAAUGCUACUCUUGUGAACAUUGUGUGCAAUAUGUGAUCUACUUGUCAUAUUCUACUGAAGUCAGAACUUUCAUUGAACCCAUAAAUGUGUUUUCUUAAACUGCAUUCAUGCUCUUUUCAGAUCAAUAAAAAAAUGAACAUUUAGAUGUUUCAUAUGUGCAUCUGCAGUCUUUUUCUAUUCUACUUUUUUGUGCAUCAUUCUACAAUGGCUUGAGAUUUCUCAGUCAACCCAUUCUAUAUUUACUAG